AUGGAGGGUAGUCACGUCUUACAGGAGUCAUGUGGUUCCAAGUCUGGCAGUUAUGGAGGUCCCAAGUCCACCCAGCCAGCAAUGACAUGUGGGGCCCAGAUGGGUUUUCAUCCUCAACUUAUAAAAGUACUACAACAUUUUGGCAAGCUUUCCAACAGCACUCAUCCGAAUGUAGAAAUAUGCACUGUCCCGAACAUAUUUAUUAUCUCAGAUGAGUCUGUUGACUUCCUCAAAGGCCUGCUGGUCACACGCAUCAUGCCCUCGUUCUACAUCAUCUUCCUCUUCAUCGGUUUGCCCCUGAACGCUUUGGCCUUCGUCACGUUCACCUGUAAGAUUCGAGAGAAGAAACCAGCAGUGAUCUACAUGACUCACCUGGCGUGUGUGGAUCUGCUCUUCACCCUGCUGCUGCCUCUGAAGAUCCACUACCAGAUGAAUGCUUCAGAUUGGGUGUUCGGUGAGGCGGCGUGUCGCUUGAUCACUGCAGCGUACUACUGCUACAUGUACUGCUCCAUACUGCUGAUGAUGUGCAUGAGUUUGGACAGACUACUGGCCGUGGCGUUUCCCAUCGCAUCUCUGACCUGGAGGAGUUCAAGGAAAGCCACAUGCAUAUGCAUCUUAGUCUGGCUGCUGGCGCUCGCUGGUACCAUGCCGCUUCUCUUAGAGAGACAAACACUCAACAUUGAGGAUGUGGGCGUUACCUGCCAUGAUGUGCAAUAUCGCACACAACUGUAUGCGUAUCAAUUCUCCAUCCUCUCCUGCCUCUACUUCUUCUUGCCGCUUGUCGUCACCUUAGUGAGCUACUCAACCAUCAUAUAUGUGCUGAGUGUAAAAUCUAAUUCCUUUGCAACAUCAUCCUCAUCUUCAGACAUCCGAAGGAGAGCUGUGAUUAUGACUAGCGCCGUGCUGACAGAGUUUCUCACAUGCUUUGCACCAACCAAUGGCAUCCUGUUAUACCACUGUGUUUAUUUAGCUACUGAAAGCCACAGCGGGGAUUCUUCAUAUAUUGCUUACCUGUUGUCUGUGUGUGUAGGAAGCUCAAGUGUUUUCCUGGAUCCUCUGCUGUACUACUACGGAUCGUCUCACUUCAGGAAGAACUUCUGGAUUCUAAUAAGUGCAGCACAAACACCUCUAAUCUCAUCUCAGUGA